GGGAACACAGCUCGCUAUUAGACCUUCAGCUCAAAGAGUCACUUCAGAAUGAAAUAAGAAAUCUUUUAUCAGCCAGUUCCCCAGCUCUCUAACACUGCCAGUGUGGAAACACUUCACCAGCAUGCAAUGUUUCGGGACAACUUCCCGCCAACUUCACACUUCCAGCCAAAUAGUCUCUUGCUUCUAUCUAAAAGGUGACACAAUGUGGAGUAGGCCCUUCUGGCCAUCGAGCCAAGCCGAACCUUUGACAAACCCAAUCUGACCUAAACCUAAUCACAGGACAAUAUGUAAUGACCAAUUAACCCACCAACCAGUACGUCUGUGGACUGUGGGAGGAAACCGGAGCACUCCACAGCGAGGACAUACAGAGACGCCUCACGGAACGGUGCUGAAAUUGAACUCGGAACUCCGGGACUCCCCGAGCUGUGAUGGCACCUUGCUGGCCACUGCGCCACCAUGAAAGACUGACGUCUGUUUUCAGCCAGUGAAGGAGGCUGGCCGAAGAAAACGAACCCAGCGUCUGUUCAAAGUGACCGUGUGGCAUUUGUAGCACUGAUGCGAAGGAAAGGUGACACGCCAUCGCGGGGCCCAGCCUUCCUACUGCCUCUGUAAAGCAGUCAGCGUAAUCAAAACUGUACCAAACAUGGGUGUUCUCUCUUCUCGCCUCUCCCAUAGGGCAGAAGAUGCAAAAUCCUAAAAACAAGUACCACCAGGCUCAAGGACAGCUUCUAUCCCACUGUUAUCAAACUCACAAAGACCUCUCGUAUGAUAAGAUAGAUUGUUGACCUGACCGUCUACCUCAUUGUUAUCUUGUUCCUUAUUGACUGUCUGCACUGCACUUUCUCUGUAACUGUAACACUUCAUUCUGAAUUCUUUCAGAGUUUUACCCUUGUCCUCACUGCUGCCAUCAGGAAGGAGGUACUGGAGCCUCAGGACCCCACCACCAGGUUCAGGAACAGUUAUUACCCCAUAACCAUCAGGAAGGAGGUAUAGGAGCCUCAGGACCCGCACCACCCGGUUCAGGAACAAUUACCCCUCAACCAUCAGGAAGGAGGUACAGGAGCCUCAGGACCCCACCACCAGGUUCAGGAACAGUUAUUACCCCUCAACCAUCAGGAAGGAGGUACAGGAGCCUCAGGACCCACACCAAAUGGUUCAGGAACAGUUAUUACCCCUCAACCAUCAGGAAGGAGGUACAGGAGCCUCAGGACCCACACCACCCAGUUCAGGAACAGUUAUUACCCCUCAACCAUCAGGAAGGAGGUACAGGAGCCUCAGGACCCGCACCACCCGGUUCAGGAACAGUUAUUACCCCUCAACCAUCAGGAAGGAGGUACAGGAGCCUCAGGACCCCCACCACCCAGUUCAGGAACAGUUAUUACCCCUCAACCAUCAGGAAGGAGGUACAGGAGCCUCAGGACCCACACUACCACGGUCAGGAACAGUUAUUACCCCUCAGCCAUCAGGAAGGAGGUACAGAAGCCUCAGGACCCACACCACCUGGUUCAGGAACAGUUAUUACCCCUCAACCAUCAGGAAGGAGGUACAGGAGCCUCAGGACCCCCACCACCCGGUUCAGGAACAGUUAUUACCCCUCACCAUCAGGAAGGAGGUACAGGAGUCUCAGGACCCGCACCACCCGGUUCAGGAACAGUUAUUACCCCUCAACCGUCAGGAAGGAGGUACAGGAGCCUCAGGACCCCCACCACCCGGUUCAGGAACAGUUAUUACCCCUCAACCAUCUGGAAGGAGGUACAGGAGCCUCAGGACCCCCACCACCCGUUUCAGGAACAGUUAUUACCCCUCAAUCAUCAGGAAGGAGGUACAGGAGCCUCAGGACCCACACUACCACGUUCAGGAACAGUUAUUACCCCUCAGCCAUCAGGAAGGAGGUACAGGAGCUGCAGGACCCACACCACCAGGUUCAGGAACAGUUAUUACCCCUCAACCAUCAGGAAGGAGGUACAGGAGCCUCAGGACCCCCACCACCCGGUUCAGGAACAGUUAUUACCCCUCACCAUCAGGAAGGAGGUACAGGAGCCUCAGGACUCACCCCACCCGGUUCAAGAACAGUUAUUACCCCUCAACCAUCAGGAAGGAGGUACAGGAGCCUCAGGACCCGCACCACCCGGUUCAGGAACAGUUAUUACCCCUCAACCGUCAGGAAGGAGGUACAGGAGCCUCAGGACCCCCACCACCUGGUUCAGGAACAGUUAUUACCCCUCAACCAUCAGGAAGGAGGUACAGGAGCCUCAGGACCCCCACCACCCGUUUCAGGAACAGUUAUUACCCCUCAAUCAUCAGGAAGGAGGUACAGGAGCCUCAGGACCCACACUACCACGUUCAGGAACAGUUAUUACCCCUCAGCCAUCAGGAAGGAGGUACAGGAGCUGCAGGACCCACACCACCAGGUUCAGGAACCGUUAUUACCCCUCAACCAUCAGGCUCCUGAACCAGUGGGGCGGCACAGUAGCACAGUGGUCAGCAGAACAUUUUACAACACAGGCGACCCAGGUUCAAUUCUUGCCAUUGCCUGUAAGAAAUUUGUACUUUUUCCCUGUGACCGUGCGGAUUUCCUCCGGGUGCUCUGGUUUCAGAGUUUCACCGUCCAAAGAUGUCCCAGUUGGUAGGUUAAUUGGUCACUGGAAAUUGUCCUGUGAUUAGGCUGGGGUUAAACCGGGGGCAGCUCGAUGGGCUGAAAGGGCCUGUAUCUCUAUAAAUAAAUAAAAUCUUCACUCAACUUCACCCAUCCAUCACUCAGCUGUUCCCACACGAGACUCACCUUCAAGGACUCCUCAUCUCUUGUUCUCAAUAUUUAUCGUUAUUUUAUUUUCAGUUUCUUUGUAUUUACCAAGAAUGCCCACAAGAAGAUGAGUUUCAGGAUUGGAUAUGUAACGCGUAUGUACCUUUAAGGUUGAGGUUAGGGUUGGGUGGCAGGGUGGAGAUGUGUAAGUGCUCCUUCCCUCUGCUAGCCUGCAGGCCACCCUGGGGCAAGGUGUAGCACCUGUUCAGCCCCCGAUCAGGGUCACGUGACCCCAUGGGAGCAGGUGGUGGACGGUCGUUUGAGCAGCCGGUGCAGAUCACAAGUCCUGGUCAUGUGACCGCCGACACCAGGCAGACAAUCUCUGAAGAGUAUUGAUAAUGGCUGGGGUCACCCGUCUUGUAAAGACACUGCCCAGAAGGCAAGGCAAACCACUUCUGGUCAGUACCUUUAAAAAUCGACGCGGCACAUAAUGACGAUGAGUACAAUGUGCCGCCACCUCAAAACAGCAAAUUUCACGACAUUUGUCGUCAAUGUUAAACCUGAUUCUGAUUCGGAUCUCGCACACAAGCUCAGUGGGUCAGGCAGCAUCUACGGAGGGAAAUGCCCAUAUUCCUGUUCCCUGACCUACUGAGUUCCUUUAGCAUCCGUUACGUUGCAGCAGACUCCAGCUCCUGCAGGCUCUUGUGAUUGUCCACACAGCGCGAUUGUCUGACCCCUGAAAUACUCAGCUAAUGCAAUGCCAUUCUAUUUUCAGAAAGGGCAAGAGGAGGGAACACACACCAGAGCUCAUCGAGGGAUCCGAAGUAGAGAGAGUGAGCAACUUCAAGUUCCUGGGUGUCAAGAUCUCUGAGGAUCUGUCCUGGUCCCAACAUAUCGAUGCAGUUACAAAGGAAGGCACAACAGUAGCUAUAUUUCAUUAGGAGUUAGGGGAGAUUUCAUAUGUCACCAAAGACACUCGGGGCUACUAUAUAGGAUCAAAAUAAGCUGCAGAAAGUUGUAAACUCAGUCAGCACCAUCAUGGGCUCGAGCCUCCACGGUAUCCAGGAUACCUUCAAGGAGCGAUGCCUCAAAAAGGCGGCGUCCAUCAUUAAGGAACCCAACCAACCAGGUCAAGCCCUCAUCUCAUUGCUACCAACAGGAAGGAGAUACAGGAGCCUGAAGACACACACUCAGCGAUUCAGGAACAGCUUCUUCCCCUCUGCCAUCAGGGAGGAGGUACAGGAGCCUGAAGACACACACUCAGCGAUUCAGGAACAGCUUCUUCCCCUCUGCCAUCAGGGAGGAGAUACAGGAGCCUGAAGACACACACUCAGCGAUUCAGGAACAGCUUCUUCCCCUCUGCCAUCAGGGAGGAGGGACAGGAGCCUGAAGACACACACUCAGCGAUUCAGGAACAGCUUCUUCCCCUCUGCCAUCAGGGAGGAGGUACAGGAGCCUGAAGACACACACUCAGCGAUUCAGGAACAGUUUCUUCCCCUCUGCCAUCAGGGAGGAGGUACAGGAGCCUGAAGACACACACUCAAUGAUUCAGGAACAGCUUCUUCCCCUCUGCCAUCAGGGAGGAGAUACAGGAGCCUGAAGACACACACUCAGCGAUUCAGGAACAGUUUCUUCCCCUCUGGCAUCAGAUUUCUGAAUGGACAGUGAAUCCAUGAACACCACCUCACUACUUUUUCUCUCUAUUAUCAUGUAUUGCAAUGUACUGCUGCCGAAGACAACAAAUUUCAUGUCAAAUGCCGGGGAUAUUGGACCUGAUUCCGAUUCUUUAACUAGACUGAGUCUCAGGGUUACAGAACAACAGAUGAGGAGGCUGGUUCUACUAAGAAGAAAGAGAGGAAACUUCACAGAUGUGCCCUCGGGCGAUAGGGCUCGACAGGCUGGAAGUAGAGAUCUUCGUUGGCUGAAACGUCUAGGGUCUCGGCCCAAAACUUUGACUGUUUAUUCCUCUCCAUAGACACUGCCUGACCUGCUGAGUUCCUCCAGCAUUGUGUGUGUUACUCUGUCCAUAGACACGGCCUGACCUGCUGAGUUCCUCCAGCAUUGUGUGUGUGUUACUCUGUCCAUAGACACUGUCUGACCUGCUGAGUUCCUCCAGCACUGUGUGUGUUACUCUGACCAUAGACACGGCCUGACCUGCUGAGUUCCUCCAGCAUUUUGUGUGUGUUACUCUGUCCAUAGACACUGUCUGACCUGCUGAGUUCCUCCAGCAUUUUGUGUGUGUUACUCUGUCCAUAGACACUGCCUGACCUGCUGAGUUCCUCCAGCAUUUUGUGUGUGUUACUCUGUCCAUAGACACUGCCUGACCUGCUGAGUUCCUCCAGCAUUUUGUGUG